AGCUACUGCAACAUGAAUAAAAUAAAAAUAAAAAAUAGUAUUAUUUAGGUAGGGUGAACAAAGUUCAUGAGUACACUGCUUCUUUAAAAUUUAACAUUGGGGUACCACACUGGUUUUAGUAGGAGGUUCUUUGUAAGUAACCACGCCUUAGCUGUAAAUAGAUAGCUGAUCUCAGAUGCAAUAAGACAAUCACAAAGGGAGAAGUUGAAUUUCACAAAGCAGGGGUUUGUGCAAAUUGGCCUCAGGCUAUUGAAUAGUUAUUCUAAUGAGGGUCUGGAUACCUCAGGUCUUUAUGGCUGGUUGCACUAGAGAUCUAAACUGUUUUACAAAGGAGUAAUCCUUUCUUGACAGUUAUAGUAGGAGACCAUUUUUCAACUUACUCACCACAGAAAACUAGGCAGAGGUGUGUAAAGGAUGGUGUGGAGGAAAUGAGUACCAGUAAAGAGGAUAAUGCCAACCUGUGUCAUCAGGCAAUCCGACUUGUCACUGAGCUUUGCCGGAAGAAUACCCCUGGCUUGGGUGUAGAAACGUGUAAGGACUAUCUCCUUUUGCCUUCUGAUCAAAGUCCAAGUAUAACUGAGCCAGAUCUGUCCGUCAGCCUUCUUGCACUGAUCGUUAUUGUAUGCGGACUUGCACUGGUAGCUGUUUUUCUCUUUCUGUUUUGGAAAUUGUGUUGGGUACCGUGGAGAAACAAGGCUGUUUCAUCUAAUACUACUAUUCCUCAGAACACUGUGAAUUUUACUGGAGUGGACUACGAUAAAGACCUAAUGGCUGAAAAACUGAAAGAACAAGGCUCUCUCGGCUUCUUGGAAGCAGCUGUGAAAAUAAGUCACACAUCACCAGACAUUCCUGCAGAGGUCCAAAUGUCUAUGAAAGACCACAUUCUACGUCGCACUAGAAUACAGAGACAAACCACAGAGCCUGCAUCAUCCACAAGGCACAUCUCCUUUAAAAGACAUCUUAAUCGUCAGAUGCAUGUCUCGAGUGUGGAUUACGGCAAUGAUUCACUAAACGAAAGGGAGCAACCGACGUGCAUUGGAAGAAUUAAACCAGAGCUUUACAAACAAAAAUCCAUAGACUCUGAGGACACAAAAAAGGAUGAUGUGAAGACCUGUGGAAAAAUAAAUUUUACACUAAAAUAUGACUAUGAAAAUGAAAUGCUUAUUGUCCAAAUACUCAAAGCAUUUGAUCUGCCUGCCAAAGAUUUUUGUGGCAGCUCAGACCCUUAUGUUAAGAUAUAUCUUCUUCCAGACAGAAAAAGAAAGUUCCAGACCCGAGUUCACAGAAAAACAUUAAAUCCCACAUUUGAUGAAACUUUUAAUUUCCCUGUACCUUAUGAGGAGCUGACUACUAGGAAAUUGCAUCUUAGUGUUUAUGACUUUGACAGAUUUUCCAGACAUGAUAUGAUUGGAGAGGUUAUAUUGGAAAAUCUCUUUGAAGCAUCUGACCUUUCCCGAGAGACUUCUAUCUGGAAAGAUAUACAGUAUGCCACAACUGAAAGUGUUGAUCUGGGAGAGAUCAUGUUUUCUCUGUGCUAUUUGCCCACAGCUGGCCGUCUGACUUUGACUGUUAUCAAAUGCAGAAACCUCAAAGCUAUGGAUAUCACUGGAUAUUCAGAUCCUUAUGUCAAGGUAUCUCUUCUAUGUGAUGGACGCAGGUUAAAAAAAAAGAAGACAACAAUAAAAAAGAAUACCCUUAACCCUACAUACAAUGAAGCAAUCAUCUUUGACAUUCCUCCUGAAAGCAUGGACCAAGUCAGCCUGCUCAUAUCAGUGAUGGACUAUGACAGAGUUGGACAUAAUGAAAUUAUUGGAGUGUGCCGAGUUGGAAAUAAUGCUGAAGGCCUUGGGAGAGACCAUUGGAAUGAAAUGCUAGCCUAUCCACGUAAACCAAUAGCACACUGGCAUCCUUUAGUGGAGGCAAAGAAAACACUGAAAGAGUGGCAAGGGCGAACAGCAAGCUUUGACAGUCAAGGUUCCUGCCCUUCUCCAAAACCUCCAGCAACACCAUGAAUAUCGGUACAGGAGUUACCAGAGGCAUUAGGCAGUGGUGUCCUGCUCAGACUACUGCCAACGUAUUGUCUUAGACUGUUCCUCUGAAGCACAGACGUAGUGUGUGGACACAAGGCACCGACGAGCUCUCCAGCAUGAAUGCUGGGUUUUACUUCUGCAGGAAAAGCUUAUUCUUUAAGAUGAACUUUUCUUAUUGUCACUUCUGUGAAAUCUGUUUUCCUUUCCCUCUUAAGCAGGUGUAAUUUGAUGGUAAAUAAAACAUUAUAAAACUGUGUUAAAGUAGCAUUAUAUAAUAGCAUCUUACAGUAACUCACCUUACUGCUGUGAAAUACCUGGUCCUUGGGUAUCUGUGAGUAAUACUCGUUACCUGUGCCUCUCACCUUCCUUCCAAGGUAAUGUAUGUAGCAUAUUUCCAGCCUUCUAGUGGGAAUUCCUUGUCUUACCUUGGCUGUCAUGGUCUCUUCCAAAUACUGUGUAUUGUUACAUUCUAACAUAUGAAGUCAUUAACCUGCUUUGCUAUACAUUCCACUUCAAGCGUAGCUUGAGCUGUGCAUUUUGUUACAUUUUAUCCAUUUUUAUGAAAUUUGUGAAAUUUCCCUUUCAAAGUUUUUGUAAAUAAGAACCAUUACGUCUUUGGGUUAUACAACAGUGGAAAAAAGAAUAACUUUGAAAUGUAGAAGUCAGUUAGAGAUAUAAGGGUUGCUGCUCUUUCUCAACAAGUCCUCCCCAUUCUUACAGGACGGUGAGGGUAUACUUUGUACUAUAUGUUGACAUAUAUAACGUAGAGCCACUUUUCAUAACAAAUUAGUUUUCUACCUCAUAUAUGCAGAACAAAAUGUUUGGAAUAAAUUGGUACUUAUCAGUUCAUCUUAAAGAUUUUUUAUGUCCUACUUGAUAAUUUUCUGUACCCAGAAAAUUGUUGGAAAAAAUUCUAGCAAUUGCAGGGUAGAAUAAUAUAUUUGUAUUAAAGCUUGAAACAUUUCAAAUUUCAGUCUUGAAUAUUUUCACUAAAAUGUUUUUGACCUUUUCUGGCAAUUGUUAAUAAUUUAUUAUGUGGAAUUCAAUGAUACAAACUGAAAGACAUAUAAUUGAUGUGUGGCUGAAUAGUAAUAUAUACAUAUAUAAUAUAAAUAUUCAUUUAAUGCAAAGGGCAAAUGGAGUAAACAGUCAUUUAUACAAAUGUAACUCAUUGAAUGAGCUAUAAAUCUGACUGCUAAUAAAUCAACUGUGAUCCUUUGUGACUUAAUAGUUUCAACCAGGGAAACAUUAUUUUAUCUAUUCUGUUUUUCUGACUUUCAAGAAAAUUUCGAUACUAAGAAAGAUGGCAAAAUAAUAUGAACUGCAUUUUUGUUCUGGUCUUUAAAGCAAAUAAAAAUAAAAUGAAAAACA